GGCAGCCGCGGGGAGGGGGAAGGCGGCAGAGAGACCCGCGGAGAGCCAGAUUUAAGGAGUGGUGCUGGGCGGAGGUGUUCUCCCUGCCGUCGUCCGUCCUGCUGACCGCCCGCCCGCCACCGCCGCCAUGCCCGUCAAAGGAGGCACCAAGUGCAUCAAGUACCUGCUCUUCGGCUUCAACUUCAUUUUCUGGCUUGCAGGGACAGCAGUUCUUGCAAUUGGACUAUGGCUUCGGUUUGAUUCGCAGACCAAAAGCAUCUUUGAACUGGAAUCCAACAACACAACGUUUUACACAGGAGUUUACAUCCUAAUUGGAGCUGGUGCACUUAUGAUGCUGGUUGGUUUCUUGGGAUGCUGUGGUGCAUUGCAGGAAUCCCAAUGUAUGCUUGGCAUGUUCUUCCUCUUCCUUUUUGUUAUUUUUGCCCUUGAAAUUGCUGCUGCAAUCUGGGGAUUUGCAAAUAAAGAAAAGGUUAUUGAAGAGUUACAGGAAUUCUACAGGGAAACCUAUGACAAGAGAUCUCAACCAGCUGCUAGAGAGACCCUGAAAGCAUUUCACUCAGCUCUAGACUGCUGUGGUCUGACAGGAGUUGCUGACCAGCUGUUAACAGACACCUGUCCAAAGAAGGGCGUGUUGGACACUUUUUCUGUGGUGUCAUGCCCUGCUGCCAUUAAUGAUGUCUUUAAAUCAAAACUGAAUGUGAUUGGAGCAGUUGGCCUCGGCAUUGCUGUAAUAAUGAUUUUCGGCAUGAUAUUCAGCAUGGUUCUCUGCUGCGCCAUCCGCAGGAACAGAGAGAUGGUGUAAGAGCUAAAACCCAAGACUGCUGCACUAUAAAAUCGUUGUCAUUAACUUUAGCGUUCUGAAAGCAUUUCUAAAAAGUUAUAUAUUUGUUACCUUUUUAAUGCUUUACUUGGUACUGAUGUAGAUUUGCUUUUUACAUUAUAGGUUAAAAUGAUAAAGGUAUAUCUGACUCGACAAAUACUGUACAUAAAAAUAUAUCUGACUUUCUGGAAACUUAUGUAAUUUGGAUGUAAUUUAUGUUGGAGACAAUUUGAUACUUAAUAAAGAGUAAGAUGUAUUGUA